CGAAACAAAGUCCGCUGUAUACAGUACGACAACCGCUGUACAGUACGAUGCUCUGGCAGUCUUCAGACAUCAGCAAUCAUGUCCGCCAUUGCGCCCUCAGAUAACCCACAGGUUUCUUCUUUAGCGCCGAAGAAGAAGGCCAACAAAAAGAAAAAGUCAAAGUCGAAACUCAACGGCGACUUGGCUAAGCCAUCAAUUACGCCAGCAAACGGAAGUGGCCCUGCUGAAGACGAGGAGGAUGAGGAGGCACAGCCCGAUUCCCCAGUUGUGACCACAUCCGCCGCAGCGGAACAAUCGGACGAGACGGCCGACGCCAAAGUGAACGGGCAAACGGACGGGCAUACGAAUGGCCACGCAUCCCCCGCAGAUACGAAACAAGGCAACGUGUCACCCACACGAGAAGCCCCCGACGAGAGCAUAGGGAGCAACGCCUCCGACACCACAGAUGCGAGUGUCCGCCUCGAAGCCAUGUCACAGGACCGCGAGGCGCUGCGGGCGGAAGUCGAGGCGCUGCGCAGGUCGCUAGAGGACAUCCAGGAGCGGCACAAGGAGGAAUUAUCGGCUGUCCACUCGGAGCUGGAGGAGAGCGAGCAGGCUAAGGAGCAGGCGCAGUCGCAGUACCAGAACCUCUUGGGCAGAGUGAACACGAUCAAGUCGACGCUUGGGGAGCGUCUGGCGGCUGAUAGGCAGGAGUUGUCCGAGGCGAAAGACCAGAUUGAGGAGCUAGAGACGCAGAAUGCGGCCCUCAAGGCUGCGGCUGACAAGGCGGAGCAGGAGGUUACGCAGCUCUCGGCCCAGGAAUCGGAGAACUCGAAGGAGCUCUCCACGCUGCGGAAUCGCAGCAACCUGUCCCAGCAGAACUGGCUUCGCGAGCGCGAGGACCUGCUGACCCAGACGAAGCACCUGAGGGAGGAGGCUGAGGCGGCCAAGGAGGCGAUGGGAGAUUGGGAGGUCCUGGCUAUGGAGGAGCGGUCUAUCCGCGAGGGCCUAGCUGACCGCGUCGCCGAGUUGGAGGACCAGCUAUCCACGCAGCGUGAGUCGUUUGAACGCGCGGCUUCGGAGCGGGAUAGCCAGUCGCAGGCUGUGGAUGGGCUGCAGAGGGCACUGCAGGAGAUUCAGGAGGCGCGUAGGGUCGAGCUCCGCGAGAUGGUGGAGACGACGCAGGCGCAGCUUGAGGCACUCAACAAGGUCGUCGCUGAAGCUGAUAUGAGAGCGACGGCGGCGGAGGCGGAUAAUGAGAACUUGACGGCGCAGCUGGAGCGAUUGGCGCCAUUCGAGAAGGAAGUCAAGGAGAAGAACAUCCUCCUCGGAAAGCUACGUCACGAGGCUAUAGUCCUUAACGACCACCUCGCCAAGGCCCUCCGCUUCCUCAAGAAAGCCAAGCCAGAAGAUAACGUUGACCGCCAAAUCGUCACAAACUACUUCCUCCGCUUCCUGGCCCUCGACCGCUCCGACCCCAAGAAAUUCCAGAUCCUUCAAGUCAUCGCCUCCCUCCUCUCCUGGACCGAAGAGCAAAAAGAGCAAGCCGGUCUCGCGCGUCCCGGCACCGCAGGAUCCUCCUUACGCCUCCCACAGAGCCCGUUCCACCGUACGCCCAGCACACCAAGCUUGAAUGCCGAGUUCUUCCCUGAUCUGCAGGGUGCGCCGAAGGAGAGCUUGGCGGAGCUGUGGACGGGUUUUUUGGAGAGGCAGGCUGAGGAGGGGAGUGCGGCUGGGAGUGUGGCGGGGGGGAGCAGGAGUGCUAGUGUGAGCAGUGUUGUGCCGAGGUAGGGGCCGCGAGUUGUUUGAGAUGGGAAGAGGGGUUGGGAGAUGAAGGGGUUCUUGUAUUAUAUUAUUUAUACCUUCAUUGCGGCAGGCGUCAGGCUCGGGAUUGCUACCGAGGGUGCGACAUGGGAUACUUUUGUAGUUGCGUUGUGGGGAGGGGGUGGAUUCUAUAUUCUCAGUCUUGUGCUAGGCAUUAUUUUGAACCCUUUUCUUG